AUGAACUCCACUUCUGGUCCGCUCCCCAGCCCAGGACGUCGACAUCGCCUGACCCGACGUGAUUUCCCUCCCCAGGUCGUGCAAGGGACGGCUUGCAUUGUCCGUGCCGUUCGAUCAGAGAGGUACCACGACAGGACCACGUUUGGACAUUCAAAGGCACGGAAACAGCUGGAGGCUGAGCAAGCAUCGUGCAAGGCCGCCUCACCGCCCGUGACAGCUCUGCGCUCUCCCACCUCGGUCCUCCGACGGCCAACCUCUGCGAACAUGGGCUCUCCCUCGCAAGCGUACGUGGCCACGCCGCUGCCCGACCCUCCCUCGGACGACUUCAUGUCGGCGGAACAGUGGGAGACCUUCUUUGCCCUUCUCGACGGCAUCCUGCCCUCCAUCUCCGACACGGCGGCGACGACAAAGGAAAAGACGAGGCUCGUGCUGGCCAAGGAUGAAUUCGAGGGGCUGCUGGACCGAAUGACGAGCUCGCUGCCCGGAUCGGUCGGCCGAGACGACGUUCGGGAUCAUCUGCAGUACCGACCCGUCGACGACGAAGAAUUUCGCCUCGACUGCCUGCGCUCCCUGGCCAUCGCGCCGCAGAGGGCUCAGUUGGCCCACAUCUUGCACCUGCUCGGAACCCACUCCGGCAGUCUUCUCAUGACGGGCUACUGGCACCCCGUCAAGGAACAGCCGGCCAAGACGCGCGAGGCCAUUGUCAAAUCGUGGGCCCACUCCAAGCUCCUGAGCCUGCGAACGCUCGCCAAGUCGCUCACGGCGGCGGCGAGCAAGGCGUACGGCAUCACCAACCCAUACCUCGGCUCGCUGUCCGGGUACACCGACGUCCCCCGCGACUGGAAGGCCGGCGCGGGCUACGACUUCAAGUUCGUGCAAGUCGACGCGGGAUCGGGCGUGCACGAAAUCACCACCGACGUCGUCAUCGUCGGAUCCGGCUGCGGCGGUGCCGUCUCGGCCAAGAACAUGGCCGAGGCCGGCCACAAGGUUCUCGUCGUCGACAAGGGCUACUACUACCCGCCCUCGCAGUUUCCCAUGGCGCAGAAGGCGGCCUGCAGCCACCUCUUCGACAACGCCGGCGUCUACAUCUCGGACGACAGCAGCACGAGCGUCCUCUGCGGCGGCACCUGGGGUGGCGGCGGCACCGUCAACUGGAGCGUCUGCCUCCGGCUGCAACGCUUCGUCCGCGAGGAGUGGGCCGCCACCGGCCUGCCGCUCUUCACCUCGUCCGACUACGACGAGUGCGAGGAUCGAGUGUGGAGCUUCAUCGGCGCGAGCAAGGACGGCAUCCGUCACAACCACCGGAACCAGGCGCUCCUGGACGGAGCCGGCAAGCUCGGGUGGAAGGCGAGUGCCGUCGAGCAGAACACGGCCGGCAAGGAGCACUACUGCGGCCAAUGUCACCUGGGCUGCGGCUCAGGCGUGAAGCGAGGCCCGACCGUCGCGUGGCUGCCCGCCGCCGCCGAAGCGGGUGCCGAGUUCAUGGAGGGAUUCGAGGUGCGCAACGUCACAUUUGCCGACGACGGCGUCACGGCGACGGGCGUCGAGGGAGUGUGGACUUCGAGGGAUGCCGAGGGUCAGGUGCACCGCCCGUCGAGCACGAGGACGCAACGCACCGUGCGAAUCAAGGCCGACAAGGUCAUCCUCUCGGCGGGCUCCCUUUGGACCCCCGUCAUCCUCGAGCGGAGUGGCGUCAAGAAUGCCAACGUCGGAAGGCACCUGCACCUUCACCCCUGCAACCUCGUCACGGCGGCGUUCGGCGAUGACGUGAGGCCAUGGGAGGGCGGCAUCAUCACGAGCUACAGCAGCGAAUUCGAGAACCUCGACGGCAAGGGCCACGGCGUCAAGCUCGAGCCCACAUGCAUGGUGCCCUACGCGACGCUGGCUAUGCAGCCGUGGCACGGGGGGCUCGACGCGAAGCUGCUGGCGCUCAAGCUGCGGCAGCUCAACACCUUCAUCGCGCUGACGCGGGACCGGGACGCGGGACGCGUCUACGCCGACGGCAAGACGGGGCGACCGCGCAUCUCGUACGCCGUGUCCGACUUUGACCGCGACCACACGCUUGAGGGCGUGCAGGCGCUGGCCAAGCUCUGCUACGUCAACGGCGCGACGGAGAUUCGACCUCACCUGCCCGGGCUCGAAGCGUACGUGGCCGACGACGGCGGCGAGCGGCAGAGGAGGCACGUCGCCGGCACGGACCCCGAGUUCACCGACGCCGCCUUUGCCGGCUGGCUUCGGCAGCUGCGCAGGGUCGGCAACAAGCCGCCCGUGGCCAUCUGGGCGUCGGCGCACCAGAUGGGCUCGUGCCGCAUGGGCGCGACGGCCGACGCCGGCGUCGUGGACCAGAGCGGCAAGGUGUGGAACACCAGCGGCCUCUUCGUCGCCGACGCGAGCGUGUUCCCGAGCGCCAGCGGCGUCAACCCGAUGGUGACGGUCAUGUCCGUCGCCGACUGGAUCUCGCGGGGCGUGGCGAGGGAGCUGAGCCUGUCGAAGAAACGAUGA